CCCACACUUGACUCUGAUUCAUUCGCGCUUCAAAACAGCUGAAAAGAAGUGGUAGACACAAUAGAUGAACACAAAAAAAUAAAAAAAAAUUUAGUGCACAACAGUAGGCUAUUUUACUUGUGGCUUGUGCCAUAGGAAAACGAGUCUAGUGAGUUGUAGCAUCGCCUGCAAGUUACAAAUGCGUCACAGUGAGUUAGAUCUUAAAUACGGACACAGUUGUUAUCUAGGAGUAGACUGCAGGAUAACUCUCCAUGCAUUGCGUUUAACUUGCAGUAACAAAUUGUGCAACAAGUUGUUUUGUGGGAAUGGAUAUCAAUUUAUAAGUAGGCUAACUAUAUAUUAUCAGUUUUUUAUCAGAUAAGUUAUAACUUCAGCACUAAAGCUACCUUGUCAGUUGAGUUCAUUCUUAUGUAGGGCUAAAAGUGUGUGAAAUGUGAAAAUAUAUUGCGUAAUUUAAGUCACCAUUAGGUCAUAGUCCACACAAACUCAGCUAAAGUAAUUCAGGGUCCAAGUUCAAUGAUUUGAAUCACAUUGCAAAAAUUAUGAGGACAUCAUAAGCACUAAGCAUAGUGUUUAACUGGCAUACAGAUUCAUACUUUUUAAAACAUUGUUUUUCACUCCAAAUUUUAUGUCUGAUUUACAUUGUCAAUAAAAGAUAUGAUUCCCUUGCUAAGUUUAAAGAGUGUAACAACUUUUGCUUAUGUAAGUGUUUGAUGUUAAUUCAAGCUUGUUUAUACUGCUAGGACUCUGGAUCCAGAUUCAACUUUAACCCAGAUAAUGCAAUCAGUUUACUAGGCUGACCAUGGCCUUCUCGCUUACUGGGUGCAUCAAAACGAAUGAAGCCAAGGGAUGUGAAAAACAAGGUUUUUACUGCCCAGAGGGAGGUAGGGGUCCAGUUCCAUGUCCUAGAGGAACAUUUGGACCAAGUUUUUGGGCCCAGUCUGUAAAUGACUGCAUCAGCUGCCCACCACAUCACUAUGGACCUAGAGAAGGCUUGAGCAAUUGCCUGCCCUGUGGGCCCUGGUCACAGCAGCCUCUGCUUGGACAGGACAGCUGUACAUGUCUGCGAGAGGGUCAAGUCUUCCAGGCCAGUGAUGGACAGUGUCCAUGUACUUUGGGAUACACACAGAAAGGAGAAGCCUGUGUGUUGAAGGUCUAUGAGAUCUGCAAGGAUGGAAGAGCACGAAACCAGCAUGGAGAAUGUCUGGACCACAAGCAAUGGAAGCAGCAUUGCUCCCAGCAGGUGUGUCUAUCUCCUGAGCUGUAUGAGGGCUAUGAUGGUUCCCUGGGCCUGUGUGCUUGCAGAGGGCUGUCCAGGCCUGAGCCAGACAGGGUUGAGUGUGUUGGCUGGUGCCGGAGCAACCUGAGUCCAAUUCUGCAGCUGGUUUGCACUGGAAGCCUUUACCUGCUCUACACUGAGUCUAAUCAACAGGUGAGCAUGUCUAGAAGCAUGCUGGAGACCGUCCUCAAACACUGGGACUCCCGUGGGAGCUUAGAAUGCAAUGUGCAGCUCAACUUCUCCAGGCCUGUGUACACAGUUAAAACAGAGGAGGCGGGCUUCUUUGGUCUGCUUAAUGCCGUCCCUGUGGAGGUCAGGAGGUUGAUUCUGGCCCACAGCCAGCAAACUAACAACUACUUUGAGCCCCUAGACAAAGACAGAGGAAACAUCAAAGACAAAGAGGAAGACUGGGACUCUCAUUGGUCCGGUAUAUCAUCAGCGUUUGGUACAUCCGACAUGAGGCCUAGAGGAGUCUUGAACCCAACAGCAUGUCUACAUCCGGGAGACAUUCUUCUUUUUACAGUGACCCAACAGCACUAUCCUCAGUAUGAUGUAGACAGCUUGUAUAACACUAAUGAUGCAUUUGACUGGGGACCCUUCAGAUUACUGGCACAGGACCAAGAACUGGCACGAUCUACCCACUCCCUUUUUUCCAUAAGUCUCCAUGAGCCUGGGGUGUACGCCUUCAAACUCAGCAGCCACAAUUAUAGGCACAUGUAUGUGAGGGUAGUGCCUGCAGGUGGAGAGUGCUAUGACACUGGACCCUUCUUCCCUUCUGACCCACAUCAUUUGACUCGCAUGGGCAUCGCACAGAGACGCCACCUGCUGCUCCGCCCCAACUGGCUGAUGAUCGGUGGGCUUUUAGUAGGAGCUGUGGUAAUCCUGUGCUUGUGUGUCAUUAUAUUGAUCUUGUUCAGGAAUUACGGCUGGCCUGAGAAACUGCCAGCUCAGGUCAGGUACCGUGAUCUGCAGCUAAGGUACAACAUGGACGACUAUUCAUCAAAGGGCUCCAGGGUGGUGGCUGUGAAAAAAACACAUCGAAACCUGCAGGUGGGGUUGACUGAGGAUUCAGUGCAGAGAGCAGUGGCUCUGGUGUCAAAUGAAUUCUGGGACUAUGAAGAGCAAGUGGAUCUCGAAGCAUUCAGCUCCAGCACCUUCUAUGACAUCCUACUCAAGCACAGCGUGUCUGUCACAAUACGUCUCGGGCAGCUCAGAGGAGAGGUGAAGCAUCUCUAUCAGGGGGUGCUGGGGAAGUUGAGAGAGCUCCACCCUGGCUGGAGGAUGUUUGGAGGGAAAACCGAAGGUCUGGAGAGGCAGGUGGAGCAGGAGAUGGUGCGACGAAGAGCACUGGGCAAUCAGCUGACACAGCUGCUGGACAGCCAGCUGCAGAUCCUGCGGGUGGAGAUGAGAGCACAGCAGGCCAUGCAGAAGACCUUCAGAGCACGACUGAGAGAGAGCGCGAGGCUUCUGAGACUGCUGGCUGAGGGUCAGACCUCGCUCUGGGAUAAACACAUCAAGCAACAUGUUCUGGAGCGGGUAGCUGUGCUGGCUGAUGAGAUGACUGAGAAGGUAUCAGUGGAGAGCCAGAGGCUGGGGGCCUGGGUUGUGCUUAAAGAGGGCACUGGAGCACAGCUAUUAUGCCCUGCUACUGGAUCAGUCCUCAGUAGGGAAGACAUCAUCGCUCCUGAUGGAUCUCUUAGAGCUUGUGAUGCCGUUCAUGUAAACCCCCUCACAGGCCUCAUUCAGCCCAACUCUAACGCCCAUAUGUUACUGGCCAGUGGACACAGCAUGCCAGUUCCCCCGGACUUCUUCCUACACUCCCAGACUGGCAAACUACUGCCUAUGGCUGGAAACGUGGGCUUUGAUCCUGUUUCCUCCACCCUUGUCUUUACAGCCGAUGCUUGUGUGGGGGAGGUGGGAAAAUGGGAACUACCCCUGCUGCCUUUCAUUCCGUACCCUCCGUCCCGCCACGCCGAACUUCAUGCUGCUUCCAAACUACGGGGGCUUCGUUCAGGCCAAAGGCUGAUGCUUGGAGGACCCAUGUGUGACUGUGACACUGGUGUUUUGGUGCCUAUUCAGGCAGUCACCAUCCAUCCACAAACAGGAUUGGUUUAUCCUUUGGGAGGCGUGCACACGUGUCCCAUCUCACGCCUGUGGCAGCCUAUUCAAAUAGGCUCUCCCAUGCUGGACCCACGUACAGGUGACCUAGUGCUCAUCACGGGCAUCACUCUUGAUCCCCAUACAGGGGCUGUACUUCCAGUUGGGGGGCUUCUCCUAGGCGAGUCCUUCAUCGAGCCCUUGAGCGGACGGAUGGUGCGGGUUGGUGGAGGCAGCGUGCGAGGAGGAAAGGUGGUGCCUCAUGCUGGGGGUUUCCAGGCUCUGCUGGACAGCCAGGCUCUGGGCGCUUGCUUGCGAAUGGCAGAGCUCCUGCAAGGAUUCAGCUCAGCAGCUGCAGAUCCACAAGGUGACCUGGACAGACUCUCGGCAGCAACAUCUGAGCUGGAGCAGGCCUGGAAAAGCAGCCAACACUGUAUGUUGCAGCUGCUGAGUCGCCUGGAAGCCGUACAGGGACAGGCCAGGGGUGUGGUGGAGAAUGGCGGUAGUGUGGGGGAAAUUAAGCUUCCUGGCAUUGAGCUCUCCUUGCCAGCUCUCCCCGGGUUGGAGUAUCCUGACCCUGGAGGCUCGGGUCUGCAUGUCCCAGUUCUGGGAGCUCAGUUGGACUGGAUGUCAGGAUCUAUGGUGCCCCUGGCAGGAACCAUGGAGGAUGCAGAUGGUAAAGGGCUAGUUCCCAUACAUUUUGGAGCGCAGACAGUGGACCCAGUGACAGGGGUGCUGGCUCCGGUUGUGGGGGCCAGUCUGGAUGUUUGGAAACGGACUGUGGUUCCUGUAACUGUGUCCCAGAUUCUGACGUUAGGAGAAAACCCAGACAGUGUCACGGUGGAAGCCCUCCAGAAAGAGAGCAGUGUACAGGGCAAUUACUGGCGUGAGCAGACACUGAAGGAAGAGGAGAUGGUGGGAGAUUUUGACAGAGCCAUUAAACACUAUCUGUCCACAUCCAUACACGAGUCUGACUGUAUAGACUGGAUGGACACAGACAGGCACCUCAGGGAGACCGCCGCUGAGAUUCAGGAAAGUGCUCAGUGUGAGGCCCAGAGAAAAGCUCUCCAGAACUCAGAGUUAUCGCUGCUCCUACAAGCCCAUGUGUUACACACCUUCACAGGAGGAGAUGAAGAGGAGUGGGAGCAGCAGUGUUACUGGCACACUGAGCUUAAGGCCGUGCUGAACCGAGUGAGUGUGUCCAUGGAGAGACUGCAGAGGGACCGGGAUCAGCUGUCGGCACAGGAAACGCAGCAUCUGGAUGGAAAACUGAGGGAGCAGGAUCUGUGGGAGCAUUUAAUGCAGAGACAAGCAGAGCUGGAUGCUGCACUUUCAACUCUUCACUGUGCUCGUCAGGUCUGCCAGCUGCGUGCUGACAUUGCACAGUCUUUGGUUUGUGGCACAUUCUGGUAUAAGGAUUUUGGCAUGCUGCAGCCUAAGGGUGUGAGGAACCCUCUGAAAGUAAUAGCCAUGACUCAGCAGAAAAUCCUUCCUCGGCUUGAACGACUUAUUCAGCUGCUGGAGGAAACCAAAGCACUUGGCCAGUCGACCAGCACACAGCGGCAGCAGAGCUCUGGAAAGCAGGCGUUCGACCGAGACAGCGCUUCCAGAGCGUGGACCGAAUCUGUGUCUGUUGUGAAAGGUAUCUCAACUCAGUCCUUUAAAGAUCAAAUGAAGGCUCCGUCUGUGAGUGAACAGAAUGCCACGGUGCCCUCUCUUCCUCUGUCAAACCCAUCUUACACUCAGAAAAGCCAGGAAAAAACACAGCUGAACCACAGCCAGGAUGUCCAAUUUCUCCAGGAACCUGGUCUGUCCGCACACAUCAGUAUCCCACAGCUAGCAGAGGAAGACUGGUCCAGACUAGUAGCACUAUCUCCUCUAUUCCAGCUGAUGAAGGAAGUGGAGCAACAGCUCAGGGAUAGUGCCAGAGAUAGAGGCCUUCUCAAGAUCCAGCCUUCAGGUGCAGGCCAGUCAUUCAUGGAUUUCAUGGAUGCCCAGUGGGAGUGUGAGGGAGAGCUGAUUCAAGUGAGCUCUGAAACCCUCAACCCACGACAGCUUCUGCUCUACCAGCAUGGACAGUUUCUCCUCCAGCACCUUCACUUACAUAAAAUGAUACCAGCAGUAACCCUUCAACUGGCUUCUACUCUUCCUUUCAACGACUACCAUAACAAUGCUUUCCGCAACUCUUUCUAUUAUCAGGAGGGACAGAAGACUCUGUUUGUUCGCAGUCAGAGAUUGCAAUCGGUGGGUGGCCUCUCUCUGCUGCUAAUGCACUGUGCUGCACACAUUUCCAUCGGCCAGAUGAGGACUGACACCAUUCCUGCCUUUCAAAGAGCCUUCUUCAAGGUUUUACAGGUGGGCUUAAGUGAGCUGUUCCAUGCCAGGCUGGGACAAACUGAUAGUCCAGAUGAUGAGAGGACGAAAGAUUUGGCGUCUGACGCAGCUCUCAAUGGUCUUCUGCUGGAAAGAGUCCAGAAGCCAAGUCCUGGGAUUUUUUCAGAGCAUGAGGUUUUGGGACGUCUGCGCAAAUACAGAGAGGCUUCAGUGUUCCGCCAGGUCGAGAGUCUCCUAAAAGAGUCUCCAAAGAGCCUGGAGAUCAACCACCUCAACACUGACCCGUCACUCAACGACGACCCAGAAAGCCAAGCCGCUGCUCCUCCAUGAACUGACAUUUUAACUUUGAACAGUGCUGCCUCUCUGACAGUGAUGAAUCCAGCUUUCAAAGGCAUGUUAUGUGCUGUGAGGCAGCUGAUGGCCUUAUGGUCUUGGACGGUAGAGCAUCUAUUUUUG